AUGUCCGAAAAGGAAAGAAAGAAGCUUCUGACAAAACUCAAUGUGUUGUUUGAAGAAAUUUACAACCUACAAAGUGAUAGUCAAUUUGUCUACCUAUGGUUUCAAACAUUACCCAAAAGAACUGGUACAGAUUACUAUAAAAUCAUCCAAAGACCACUUUCUCUUCAUGCUGUUGGAAGGAAAAUAAAGCAAUCCGCGUACGAGGACCCUCAGGAGUUCGUCAACGAUCUAGGCUUGAUCACCUGGAACGCGAGGUACUAUAAUCUACCCGGAUCUGACGUUUACAAAGCAGCGCAGGUAUUGGAUCAAUACAUUCGUGAUGUUGUUAUACCAAAGUUGGGAAAUGACAAAGCGGUUCCAAAUGGAUCCCAAUUGGUGUAUCCAUAUUUUGGCGAUUUACCUGACGAGAAUGGCCAAGAUAGUCCCUUACGAAAACCUGUUUAUGCAAUCAGUCAAAGCCAGCCAGGUUUUGAACAGGAAACCUCACCAAUAUUGAAUACGGACGAACUUGAAAUGAGUGUUACUCCACAAGCAGAACCGGCCUCAUUGUCAAGGCCCUUGGUGAAAACAACUUUUAACAGAGAGCCUGUUGUGAGUACCCCUAAUAGGAACAAAUACACCAGGCAACAUAAUAGUCAAGUGCAGGCUGAGAGUGGUAUCAGAAGAGGACGUCCACCUAUUAUUGACAAGCCAUUUGAAACUCGUAUCAAGUCCAUUUUGAAAGCGUUCAAGAAAUUACGUGACAGUCGUGAUCGCUUGUUGAUUAAGCAUUUCGACAAACUUCCAGAUAGCAAACUGUAUCCUGAUUAUUAUCAAAUCGUAAAGGACCCCAUAAGUUUGAAUGAAAUCCGGAUCAAAGUGAGAAGUAGAAAGUACAGCAAUGUUGACCAAUUUAUCAAUGAUUUAGAUUUGAUGUUUGCCAAUUGUCAGCAAUAUUUUCAACGGGAUCCAUACAGUGAAGAAUUUAUGGACUACCAACAAUUUAGAAAAGAAGCAAAUGUAAUUGUUCAGAACGAGUUGAGCAAAAGUGACAAAGAAGUUCUUAUGUCCACAUCAACUGCAAGUGAUGGGGUGUUGCGUUAUCCGUUGGAAACUUUGGAGAUUGGCGGAUAUUCUUACAAAGUUGGUGCUUGGGUGUUGAUGAAGAACCCAGCUGACCCUGAGAGACCGAUUAUAGGGCAGAUUUUCCGUCUUUGGUCGACGGAAGAUGGCAAAAGGUAUUGUAACAUGUGUUGGUACUAUCGCCCUGAACAGACUUGCCACGGUGUUGAUCGUUUGUUUUUUCAAAACGAGGUUUGCAAAACAGGUCAGUAUCGAGAUCACUUGGUUGAUGACAUUGUCGGACCUUGUUAUGUAUUAUUUUUGACUAGAUAUCAAAAAGGUGAUUUGCCAGAAGGAGUCAUACCAUCCACUUCCCCCUGGUUCAUUUGCGAAUUUAGGUAUAACGAAAAUACUCACGUUUUCAACCGUAUCAGAACCUGGAAAGCAUGUUUGCCAGAUGAAGUCAGAGACGAUCCAGAACAGCCAUUGAUUCCAUUGCACGAAAAUCGUAAGUUGAUCAAAUACGAAUCACCAAUAAAGUCCACAUUGGAGCCAGGAGCAAGACUCAAUGACCCAAUACCUGAUCCUAUACCUGGUACCUCAAGCUCGCCUCCUAUUAGAGGAUCAGUGUACAUAACGGCGCCAAUUCUUAAUGACGACUUGGGUCAAUACACCACAAGUCCCAACACCGUCCCAAUUCCUGAUCACGAUGACUUGAAGACGGGCAGAAAAGCAUACUUGUUUACUCCAAUAUCGCAGUUGAAAGGCGGCGGUGGUUCCUCUGGUGCGGUAUACGCCACUAGUCCCGCUUUGCCACAUGGCUCACCAAACCACGAACCCUCGAGGCAUACUAUGGGACUGAUAUCCAAUUUGCCCUUGGGUAAAAGUGCAAUGAGCCCUCCACUUGGUGACGUUACACCAUUGGGAUCAGAUUCGUCUUCCCGUUACCAACCUCAGCAACAAGACGACAAGCCUCAGUUGCCAACCAGCUACAAGUCUUUGCAUGAUCUGUUGCAAGAGAACAAGAAGAUACACGAACAACAAUUGCACCAAUUUCAACAGCAGCAAAACCAGCAAAUUUUCAAGCGUGCUUUGACCCCAACACCAUCUAGCAUUAUCCCCACAGGUACCAACUAUUACAAUAGUACUCCAGCAUUUUCCAAUUUGUAUGCUGGUGGUAUUUUGUCAUACGGCAUAGACGCUGAAGAACUUGACGAUUUGCUGGACUUGGUGAACAAGCGACAAAAGAUGAACCCAGAAGAAAAAGGAGAAGAGGAGGAAGAGGAAGAGGAGGUGAUCUUUUACCGUGCUCCUCCUGUGCAGCUAGUUGGUAAUCGGAUUAUAACAAACCUGAAGACUGAACUUGGCCACUCAGCUAAAUACUUGGCGUGGAAAAUCAAAACGGAUGCAGGAUUAAAGUAG